CAGUGACGUAAUGCCUUACUACGUAAGUGUAUGUUGUAAGCUUUUCGCGGCCACAUCACUUGGGGGUUUGUUCUAUUCAUAGAGCUCGAGGAUAAAAAGGGGCAUCAUGGGCCGAUUUCUGACACAACCUGACUGGGACAACCAGGGAACGACAAUUAACACCACGCUACCGUCCAGGCAGCUACCACCAGCUAUCCAUCUCACGGCGCAAACCUGCUGCAACACCGAAGAACCAACAAGAUGAUGAGCACCUCGUCCAGCAACUUUUUCUCGUCAAGCUAUUUUGGAGCGAUGAGGAUAUGCAUCGUGCUGCUAGUCCUGGGGUUGGCGGGGACCCGGGCGACCCCCAUCCCGGCCACCACCCCCGCCUCCUCCGCCGACUUCCCUCAGGAAAGCCCCUUCGACGUCCUCAUGAACGACCGGAGCAUCGCCGACAGGCUGUACAGAAAAGCGGACGGAGCCUACGAAACUUUCAUCCAGGACGAGUUUUCUGGCAGCCACGGGUACUGUGCUGAGCAGAUCACAUGGGACGAGCUUAUAAAUGUGAGAAUGACACCACUGGAGUGGAGAAACCUGGGGGAUGAGGAACGUAUGCAGCGCAUGCGCAGCGACCUGCAGAUAUUCGGCCUGUAUUUGGAAGAGGUCCGGCUGGACGAACUGGACAAGGACGGACACACAGACACCGCCCAGAAGGUCGCGGAGACCAUUCACCAACUCGACACACUGAUGACGGCUAUAGACGUGACGAACAAUGUACUGGGUUUCUCCUCUCCAACCGACACCGCCGAAAUCCAAAACGUCAACUUUCGGGACCCUUUCAGCGAGUUCGCGCGCUCCAUCCGGGACUGCGUGGUGCUGCGAGACUUCAGGGUCCUGGUCCAGAGAGUGCACCGAGACUUCACACUGCUCAGCCAAAAGUACCAAUAGAAUUUCUCCUAGAAAUCACGCGAUUUUCACGUGGAUUUCUCAUAGAAAUCACGUGGGCGUCACGUGACACGACGUAUGCUUCGAAAGCAUUAAACUAGUCAUUCCGUUCUUUCUAUUUAUGGAAUCCGGUAAGGAUUCUUAAAAGUUGGCUCAAUAUAUGAGCUAGUAUGCUUGAAUUAUUGUUGGAAACAUCACAUGGGUCCAAAACUAGCUUGCUAACGUAUUGUGUCAACUUUCAAGUGCAAUAUUACUUAAAUAUGUGGAUGAUAUCCAGUGAAAAAAUAUUUCUAGAACCUUCGUUGAACAUAUAGAAUUUUGAAAUGUUUAAUUUAUAUAUGAGACAUGCAAUCUCGUAAUAAUGUGAGAAUAUUCUGACAAGUUUUGACAACUUGAUAACUUAUUUAUUUAUUUAUUUAUUUUACUUGUGUGAUCUUUUUAUAACUUAAGGUGAGCUAUGUAUUGGUGACUGGGGACCACAGUACCUUUCUGUUUCUUAAUUUAUUUUGACUUAUUUAUUGUUCUUUACAUUCCAUUGUUGACAAUGCAGCAUGACUUAUACUUGUUGUUAUAUUGUGUGAUAUUUGUCAUUUGUACUCAAAGAGUUCUUAUUUAUUUAUUUAUAUACUUAUUUGCUAGUUUGUAUUUAUUAUCGAGACGAUAUCAAACGAAAGAUUUAGUCUAUUUAUGAAGAUAUCUGGAUAUGAAUGAUAUCUAUUUAUUUAUUUAUUGACAAAUAUGCUGCUAUCGCGAGAGUAGUUUGACGAAUAAAGUUGAAGACG